AUGGUGACCAGUCUUUUCAGAGUUCGACGCCAGAACGAAUUCAAACGGGACAUGAACCUCCAGCCGUCCCACAUCUGCUGGUCUCUGCUCAUGCCGGUGCUCUUUUUGUUUCCUGGAGGGGGUCUUAUGUUCCCCCGGCACCCCGGCAUCUCCAGUUGGGAGGCUGCGCUGCUGGAGGCCUGGAUGGCGGAGCCGCUGGAGAAAACGGAGUUGGCGGAGCUGGGACGGAGGGCGCUGGAACCCUUUGUGAAACACCCGAUGGAGACGAUGCACUACGAGAGGGGAGGAGGUGUCGAGGACGUGGGCGAGGGCGACGUGAAGAGGAACGAGGCGCUGACGUCCAUCGCCGGGGGGCUGCAGGCGUUUAACAGGCAGAAAGGCGGGUUUGGAUUUCGGUUUGGGAGGAAAUGA